CCAACUGGGGGUCCGCGGGUGCUGCCCCCCCCAGGCAGGGCCGGUCAAGCUCUCCCGGGAGCGCAGCAGUCCGCCUUUAAGCUGCCCCGAGCGGCACCUGAAUCCCAUCUCCGGCCGCAGCAGCUGCGGCUCCUUAAGGCCCGCCGUCCGGCCCUGCCCGUUUCACCUCCGCCGCGAUGGAGCCCCUGCGGGGUCUGGCGGGCCAGAUAUCGGCCCUAGAGCGCUCCCUCCGCCUGCUGCUGGGGUUGCUGCUGCCCUGCCUGCUCCUCCUGCUCCUGCUCAGCGCGUUACUCCUCUUGCGUUGGCGCCUGUGCCGGAGGGUGGGGGCCCCCAGCGCCGCCCGGGGCCCCUCCACGCCCCCACGCCUCCUCCCGGGAGCCCCCAAGGCUGCCGUGGUCAGGCACGAUCCGGGCGACGGGACGGCCCGGCGGCAGCUCGCCCAGACCCGGGGUGCAGCUCCGACGGGCCCUGCUGGCCCGCGGGCGCCCUGUUGCGGGAGAAAGGCGGCCUUGUCCUACCUGCCCGGAUCCAGCCCUCGUUUGCUCCGGUUGGAGAGAGGGGCGCCGCCGUCCUUCAACGACUUGGAAAAGCACCCCGUCUUGGUGCCCCCCAACUCUCCUGUCACCUCCUCGGGCACUGGGGGUGUCCUGGAGAGGGUCUUCUCCAGCUGCCACACCAGCACCCAGAGGAAGCCCCGUAGCUGCAGCCAGUUGGCAUCAGGUACCCAUUCCAGCACUGGGCCUUUUGAGUUUGGCAGCAGCAUCCGGCCUGGGGACAGGAGGGCCCAUCUCAACUCUGCCAACUACACAGCCUCCCAAGGGCCUGGCCUCGACUCGUACUUUGGCGCCAGUGCGGGCAUCUCUGUCCGGAUCUUGUCAACCGACAGCGAAGGGAGCCCCAACACACCCCUUGUGCAUCCCCAGCAAGCAGAGCUCUUUGAGUGGGACUACUAUGACCCCAGUUACAAGAGGAGAGCUCAGCUCCAUCGCUCCCUGCCUCCCAUUUGCAGCAAGCAGUACUGGCUGUAACCCAGGAGAGUCCACAAGUUGUCUUUACCGGGCUUUGUAUAUGUGUAUGUGUGGAAGAGAGAUGGCUUGUUGGGAUUUAUUGUAAUGAUUGAUUUUAGUUGUGUGUGUGUCUCUCUCUCUCUCUCUGGCUUGCACUCUGCUUAUUGGGAGAGAAUUCCUGCAUCGGUUGAAUGUCUGUCCAAGGGAAUAUUUUCACAGCACAAAAAGCUUCAUGUACACCUAUCUGCACCCUUUAUACCUGGGGUGUCCAUCUUUGGCCACUGUUAAGACUUGUGGACUUCAACUCCUAGAAUUCCUCACCCAGCAUGCACUGGUUGGGGAAUUCUUGGAGUUGAAGUCUUAAUGUGGACAGGGUUGGAUACCACCAACCC